AUGGAAACCUCCAUUCCUAAUUCCUCUACAAGCAACACUCAGGCUUCAGCCUCGCCGAAUUCGGCUUCUCCAAGCCUAUCAUACUUUUGCAUAUAUAACCCUUCUUUUGGGUCUACCGAAGAAACUCAAGUAAACCAAAUCAUCUAUUAUGUCGCCAGAACAACCGUCCCCAUGGACGUGAAGAUGCGUCAAAUUGGCUUGGCACAGGGCUUGGUAAAUUUCUCAAGAGUUUUUUCACCUGACAAGCCUUGUGAAAAUGUUCAUACCCAGAAAAAUCGAUUGGCUUUUUAUGAACCCGAACCUAACUAUUGGAUACAUAUUUCGAUUGAAUUAGGUCACAUGAAGAGAACCACCAAAGAUAAAGAUGGCAAGCCAAAAUCUAGCGUUGAAUUUCUUGACGCAAAUCUACAUGAUUCCAACAUUCGGCGGAUGUUAGAAAAGGGAUAUGAAAUGUACAGAAUUUUUAAUGGCCCCUUCGAGCAUACCGUGCGAACUGAAGGUGUAAAAGCGCUAAAAAUUAAAUUGGAAGAAUUUUUUUCGAAGUGGGUGUUUGAAUGGGAUUUCGAAAAAGAGGAAUUGGCUAAAAUUAUUGAUGGCGUUCAAUACCAACCUCUUUCAACAACAGCGAGAUCAGAAAUUACGUCUUUUGCAAAGAAGAUUGAAACAGACUACACUUUUAUAUCGAGAAAUAUCUUUAUUCUGUGGAAAGAUAACUUGAUUUACUGUGGGAAAGAUGAUGCUGGUAAUGGUAAUGAUAUAACGGACGCUGAUGUUCGAUCAGAGGACAUUACUGCAAAACCACCACCACCUUUAUUAUCAGUGCAAUCAAAUUUUUUGACAGAUUCCACUGCAGAGCUUAAAGGAACAGAUCAAAGAAUUAUCAACCCGAUGACCAUUUUCUUAAAAAAGCAAAUUGAUAAAAAUAAAAAAAGGGAAAAUGGGCAUGGGAAUGACGAGGAUCAUAAGCAGGAUGAGGAAGAUGAGAGUGAUGAAGAUCCUAAGCAGGAAGAGGUAAAUGGGAAUGGUGAGGAUCAUAAGCAGGACGAGGAAGAUGAUAUCGAGGAAUGUUAUUUUCUUGUGUUUAAUCAUAAUUCGUUAACACUCGCGUUUCUAAUACCGGUAACCUCGAUUGAAGGUACUGCGAAUAUAGAGAAUGCCGAGUUUCAUGAUUCACUACAUGAAUACUUAACACCACAAAUGGACAAAAUGUCAAAAGUAAUUGAGAAUGACGUAGAAAAUUCGAAAAAGAUUGGAAAACUUGAACCGGACAAAGAAUAUCGUUUCUUAUUUUAUAAUAAAUUGACAUUGGCAAUAAAAUGCUCCAUCAAUUCUUCCGCGUCAUCAAACAACACUUCAUCGUGGACUUCGUCAGCUUCAAAAAAUUUGACAAUAUCAGGCGAAAUGGCGCAUGCAUUGUGUGAUGUUUACGAAGAUCUUGAAAAAUAUCCACAGAUGACAGAAAUUUAUAGCAAGGCAUCAAUUAAUUUUUGGAUUGUUGGAAAAAGAUCUGAAGGGCGAUAUCUUUAUUUGGUGGUAUCCAGGAGGGACGCCACCUUGUUGGAAGUAGAAGAUGAUUUCAGAAAAUUGAGCGCUUUGCAUUUCUCUGGGUAA